UUGUGACAAAACAAAGAGAUAUGCUAUCUGCCUCGCCUUGAAAUGUACUAAAGGUGAAACGUUGGCAUUCUCGAAGAACUCGUUUAUUUCCAAAAUGAAGACCAUUAUGUCAGUUUUGGCAUGUUGGCUUUUAUUUGUUUUUAUACACGUUGAAGCCGUUAAAGAUGAAGAUUUUCAAUAACUGCUUGUCAGGCUUUCAGUGCUCGAAGAAAAACAAGCUGUUAUUGAAACGGAAAAUAAGUUGUCACAAAAAAAGAAUCGCCGUCUCAGAAAAAUACAAGUUACUGUCCGACAAAAGAGUCGCUUCGCUUGAACGAAAAAUUGCAUUAUGUCAAAGCAGACAAGAUGCAAGAAGACUUUGGUAUUUUAAAGAACAUCGCACUUGAAACCGACAAGCUAUUGUCUGACACUACCACCACAACACAUGGAUACGAAAAGACUGUGUCUGACAAGGGGUUCGCCUUCCUUGUUAAAGACAGAAUUCUAUCGGACAGAAAAAUCGCCACGCUCGAGAACGACUAUGCAGUAUCACACAACCGGAGUGAUAACGUUGAACUUCAAUCCAAACACAAACGAUUCGUUGCAGAAGGGACUGUAGCAUUUUCUGCAAUCAAAGUAGCUAAUCAAGAGCAUGUGGGCUUUCAUCAGAACAUCAUCUUCGAGCAAAUUCUUACAAAUGAAGGAGGCGGAUACCAUCAAAUUCACGGUGUCUUCAUUGCUCCACAAUCCGGCGUUUACGUCUUCUCGUCGGCCAUUAUGUGUGCCCCAAAUGGGGAGGUUUUUUGCUGAAAUGGUUCAUAACGGAAACCUCGUCACGCGCAUUGUGACAGUGGGAGAUGGGAUUAAGGUAGUCAGACGGCUGUCAUAAAGAUGAAUGCUGGUGAUGAUGUCGCGGUUCGAAAUGCUGCCCAUGGAGAUGAUCUGGGGUGAUCUGUUUUCGUCAUUCAGUGGCUAUUUAGUAUGGCUGCAAUAAAUUAAGUGGAAAAUGAUAUCUACUGUAGACAUAUUUGUUUACUCAUGCAAACAAAAUUAGUUAUGCAAAUCGACUAUGUUUGUUAUUUCCUUUAAAAUUUAAUCCUUUUUUCAUGUCUAUUUAAAACACACAUUUUAUUAAAGAAAUAUCAAUCAAACCAUUAUAUUCUGUUAUUAGUCCCCUACCGGUUUCACCGGAGGAGACUUAUGGUUUGCGCUCCGUCUGUCAGUCUGUCAGUCUGUCCGUCACACUUUUCUGGAUCCUGCGAUAACUUCAAAAGUUUUUAAUAUUUUUUCAUGAAACUUCAUUCAUUCAUUUCAUUUCGUUCCUACGUCAAAAAUUAUGGUUGCUAUGGCAACAAAUAGACUAGAAAUACUGCUGAAAAUGGUGGUGUUCUGGAUCCUGAGAUAACUUUUAAAGUUCUUAAUAUUUUUUCAUGAAACUUGAAACAUGGAUAGAUGGCAAUAUGGACAUUAUGCACAUCAUUUCAUUUUGUUCCUACGUCAACAAUUCUCGUUGCUAUGGCAACAAAUAAAAUAAAAAAUUCUGAAAAUGGUGGAAUUUCUGACAAUGGUGGAGCCGGUAGGGGACAUAUAUUGCUUGACAAUAGUCUUGUUUUAAAAUGGUAUAUAGGUUGGAUAUGUUCGGUAAAAAUACAAACAUUCUAAAACUCAGCCUCCGCAUUGAAAUUUUACAACAUAAUUCCAAACCAAAUCGACCGGGUACCGGAAUAAUAACGACCGUGCAUUCCACAGGCAGUGUAUCUCAAUAAGAUGCAUCAACGAGGUCCUACGAAAUGUUUAUUUAAAUAGACUGAAUGUACUAGUUCUAAAAAUGGUUUAUUUUAAUGCAAAUAUGAGGUCUUCAGAGAUAUUUAUUUCCAAAUAUGUGUACUCUAGAUCUUAACAGAGAUCUUAUUGCAGAAGAUGUAUCCACAAGGUCUUAAGAGACGUUGAUUUCGAUAUAAUGAGUCCAAUAGUUCCUUAGACAGCUUUACGAUCAGUGUCUAAAAUCAUACGUUUUUAGAGAGGUAUAUACAAAUAAGAUAUAUAUGCACGGUCUGAAGAAAAGUGUUUUCCAUAAAUGUAUCGACAUGGUCGUCAUAUAGAUUUGUUUUCUUAAAAUGUAUCUACGUCGUAUUUAGAGCGCACCGUUUUCAGAGGCGGAAUCCAUAAAAUUACAGAGGCCUACUUCAAUAACCCGAACUAAUGACGUAUUGAGAAUAUCUAUCACCAGAAGCUGUUUUCCUG